AUGUCAGGUGCAAGUAUGAAGCGCAUCCAGAUCACACCAGAUGGCUCAGGCCCACCUACAAAACUCAACACCGACGUCCCUACCUCUUUACCUGACGCCAAAGAGACCAAGAUUCAUCCUCAAAACGCACCAGACGCCUCAACAAAUGCUUCUCUCUUCUUCGUUGGGACUGCCACCACAAUCCUGGAGUGGGAAGGCAUUCGCAUUCUCACAGAUCCCAACUUCCUUCAUGCUGGCGACCAUGUUCAUCUAGGACCAGGCGUCAGUGCGACAAGACGGACAAACCCCGCAAUCGAUUUGGAAGAACUACCGAGGAUCGACGUGAUUUUGCUGUCGCAUUACCACGAGGAUCACUUCGACCGGGAAGUGGAGGAGAAACUGUCAAAGGGCCUCCCAAUCAUCACCACACCACAUGCCAAGGAAUGCUUGACAGGCAAAGGCGAAGAGUCAUUCAAGAACGUGCAUGCACUCGACUUCUGGAACAGUUUGCUUUUGGAUGUAUCGCAAUCAGACCAAACAAAUGGUAGCGGUCCAAAGCCCAGCAUCAAAGUCACAGGCAUGCCAGGAAAGCAUGUGCCUCCCGGUCCUCUGAACGUUGCGAACGACAUUCUUGGCGCUGUGCCGCCGACAAAUGGCUGGAUGGUCGAACUCGGGUACUCGAACGCUUCUUCUAGCGAUGGAAGCGAUUUCGAAAAUGGAUACAGAAUCUACAUCUCCGGCGACACUCUGAUGGUUGAUGAGCUCAAGGAGAUCCCUGAGCGGUACAAGGACCAGAACAUCGACCUGAUGCUGAUCCACCUGGGAGGCACCACCAUUCCUGGUCCCAAGAUGCCAUUGCUGAUGGUCACUAUGGAUGCCGAACAGGGUGUACAGCUGAUGCAGCUCAUCAACCCCGACCUAACGAUUCCGAUCCACUACGAUGAUUACGAUGUAUUCAUGAGUCCUCUGGAUGAUUUCAAAAAGGCGGUACAUGCGGCUGGGUUGGAUAGCAAGGUCGUGUAUCUGGACCGCAAAGAUCAGUACAAAUUCAAUGUGAAGCAAGGACAAAAGCCGAAGCAAUCGCUGUAUUAG